UCUAGCUAUACUCUUUAUCACGCGUGUAACAAGUUUGUUUACGUUUCCAUAUGAUUGGAGUAAAAUAAGUGAUGUCAAAAUUGACAAGCGUUUAGUGCAAUUAAUAAUAGCACCUAUAUUUACUCUACAUCUACAGCUUAUGUUUAUACGUUGAUUGGAUUUAUACACAAUAUCUUUUAAAAUCGAUGCAAAUGGAGUAACUCCAAUCCCUCCUGCUACCAUGAUCGACAAGUCGUACUUAUCCCAAUUUUGAUGAGAUUCACCAUAAGGACCAUCUAUAUGGAUCUAUUUUUAAAUUAAAUCAAACAAUAUCAACGUAUUCGUCAUUUGAGUACAGUCUGCUGAUUAGAGCAAAGGAAACUGAGUUGCUGAAUGCCGGCUUUCAAAAGCCUUCCUGCUAUAUUGUGAUAAGCAUAUAUUCUUAGGAAACCAUAUAAGAAUACAUUUUAUCAGAAUUCUGAAUAAUCAGACAAAAACCAUCUGUACGUAUUUGAAAAUAUUGAGUAGUGAGAAAAAAAAACUGAGUAGAAAUUUACACAACUCAUGAUCAAGACUAUGUACGAACCUAGACGAAAAGUAUUAUGGUUUUCGAUAAUAUCACGAUUAUUUAUAAUAUUUUUACAGUUCAUAUUUAAUUUAUUAUGUCCUGAUCACCAUGCAGAUGCAUUUACUAGUCGAAUAAAUCCCAACGAUCGUAUUACUAAUUACGAUAAAACAAUAACUAUUUUAUUUGGAGGACUGACGAGGUGGGAUGCUCAAUAUUUUAUCCAUAUUGCUAGGUAUGGAUAUACAUAUGAAAAUACAUUAGCGUUUUUCCCUUUAUAUCCAAUAUCUGUAAGAUAUGUCUCCAGAAUAAUAAAGAAAAUCUUAUUUAUUUUUAACGAUCAAAGUGUAGUAUUGCUAGCGGCUGUUUUAAUUAAUUUUGUAUGUUUUGUACGAUCGUCAGUAAUUUUUUAUGAUCUCAGUAAGAGAGUUUUAGGAAACACAACGACUGCUUACAAGGCUGCCAUACUUUAUUGUAUAAAUCCUGCUAGUAUUUUCUUUACAGCAGCUUACUCAGAGUCGAUGUUUGCAUAUUUGACAUUUUACAGCAUGAUAGCUGCGAUAAAGAAUAAUAGAUUUGUAUGUUUGCCCAUUGGUUUAUCGGGAAUAGUGAGAUCCAAUGGUUUAGUAAAUUUAGGAUAUCCUUUGUAUUAUUCUAUCCAAGAAUUAUUUUUUUUUAGUUUACCAAAAGUAAUAUCAGAGUAUCGACAUCCUUCAGUACAAUCAGGAUUCAUUUCAGAAUUGUUAAAUUUUUUUUCAACACUUUUAUGGAUGUUUAAUACAAUUUUAUUAUCUUUAGUUCCAUUUAUAUUGCUCCAGAUAUAUAAUUAUAUUUUAUUUUGUACUGAAAGAAUUAAUUCCACUGCAGUUCCAAGUCAUGUCGUUAAUUAUGGCCUGAUAAAUAAUUUAGUUAUGCCUGGAAACAAUAAGUUACCUUGGUGUGAACAAACAGUUCCAGUAGCUUACUCUUUUGUUCAAGAAAAAUACUGGAAUGUAGGAUUUCUUAAGUAUUAUCAAAUAAAACAACUUCCGAAUUUUUGUCUGGCAAUGCCAAUAUUAUACAUCAUGUUAAAAUGUGCGAAAGAGUAUUUUAUAGAAAAUAAACGUCAAUUAUAUAAUUUCGAAUUUCUAACAACGAAUUCUGUAGAAAAAGUAUCGAUAACAAAACGUUAUCCAGUACAAAUGUUUCCAUUUGUUGUACAUGGAUUAUUCUUAACAAUUUUUUGUAUCUUAUUUGUGCAUAUUCAAGUCAGUACAAGACUUCUAGGAUCAGCUAGUCCUUUAUUAUAUUGGUUUAGUGCAAUUACUAUGUCACAUAGAGUCAGAAAAAGUGAUAAAGAUGAGUACGAAAUUAAUGAUAAUGCUUAUUCGAAAUGGAAAGUAUUUUUCAUGAACCAAAAAAAAUAUACAAAGAAAGAUAAGUUAUUUUUAAUAUAUUUCUUAGGAUAUACCAUCAUAGGAUGCUUUAUGUAUUCGAACUUUUUGCCAUGGACAUGAAAAUUCCAUAUUUUCGAUUAUUUAGAGUAAAUAAAAUGUGAAACAUAGUCAAGACACAUUUUAAUAAUAUAUAUUUGUAUUUACUUAUUUACAACACUAUAGAAUUAUAGUGACUUGUAUUUGUAAUCAAAAG